AUGUCGCAAGACAGCUCGCUAGACUCUUUCUCUGCCAAGUCAGCAGGCGAAGACAGUGGUUACGGCGAGGAAGGUGACGAAGACGACAUGCAAGAACCUGUCAGUGAAGAUGCCUUGAAUGACCAAUGGCAGGAAUUCAUCAAGAAGGAGUCAAGAAAACGAUGCGUCUAUAUGCUAUAUCUCCUCGACUCUCAGCUCGCCAUUCUCUGCAACCUUCGCCCGAUGCUUUCAUCUCUGGAGAUCAAGUAUGAUCUUCCAUGCUGUGAGGACAUUUGGCUUGCUCGCUCCGACAGGGAUUGGUACGAGCGGCGGCGACAGCGAUUCAAGUCUUUUGACGAGCCUGAGGACAACGCCUAUGCCCACGAGACACCUCCCUCUCAGGGAUUCUUCUACGAAGCUUCACAGACGCUAUUACAUUCUGGCCGAGGCAGUGACAAAGAGACCAGUAGUGGGAAGCGCCAGCCUAGGAAACUCAGGUUACUUUGGGCUUCUCCGUUUGCUGCUGUCAUUCUCGUCACGCAGUUGCAGAUGAUGGCACGCGAGCUUACUCACGCUAGUUGUCUCCUCGAGAGACCUAAAGCCCAACGGCGAGCUCUGUCCAUCCUGACGGAUAAGCAGCACGCGCAAAUAUCACAGGCCUUGAAAGGAAUAGCUGAGUUGGUGCCACGAAACCAGAAGCCAGUAUUCAGCUUCUUUGACUUUGGCCGUAUGGAUACCCUGGUACCCGAUGGCUCGGAUCAGACUCCGCUGUGGCACACGUUCUGGAUAUUGUGGUACUACACGUCUAUAACCUUGUCGCACCCAGACUCUCUGCUGGUCAGUGGAGUUGUUGAGUCAAACCUGCCACUAGCAAUAGCAACGGCGGGUCACCUUGCUACACCACGGUGCAAGGAGAAGAGGGACAUUUAUGAAGACCGGGACGUUUUCCGAAUACUCAACGAUCUUGAAAUGGCCCUUGACCUACUAAACCCCAUCAAGUCCACCGCGCCACCAGCUCUUGAGAACCCCUUCAUAACUCUUCUUGGCUUCAAGAUCUGUCUUGUUGGCUGGCGGCUCGUUCGUUUGACGAUGCCUGCUGCUCAACAAAACAGUGCCACUACUCUACAUGGACCAGGAGGCAUGGGAGUGGGUAUGUUUAGCAGCAGCAAUGGCCGCUCGAACCCAAGCCGCUUCGUCUUGGAUGCCAUCAUGGCGUGCGUAGUCAACGUUGAAGAUGAUGAUGUAGAAAAUGCGGCCGCUGCACUGGCUAUGCUGGACGAUAGACCUGUUGACCUUGCGCGAAGUGAGGUACGGUUUUUGGAAUGGAUCGUUGCCAAUUUUAACAAGCGGACUACUUGGCCUGUCGGGAAAUGGGUGGCGGCGGUUAUGGAAGAGAGCUUGUCAAAGGCAAGAGAAGCGUACGCUGCACCCAUCAAUGACUGA